AUGGCUGAGCCAGGCGCGGAGAAGUCUGUAUCACCGUCCGAGCUUCAAUAUGUCCAAUACGAGCCUUCGAAGGAAGAGCAACACCUCCCCUCCAUUCGCCAACUGAUCUCCAAAGACCUUUCCGAACCCUACAGUAUCUAUGUGUACCGCUACUUCUUGUACCAAUGGGGUGACCUAUGCUACAUGGCUCUCGACCCAACCUCAUCAUCCCUUAUCGGCGUGAUAAUAUGCAAACUCGAACCCCACCGCAGCGGCACUUUUCGUGGCUACAUCGCUAUGCUCGCUGUCCAAGAAGCCCACCGCGGGCAGGGAAUCGCCUCUAAACUUGUCCAGAUGGCUAUCGAAGCUAUGACCGCGCGGGACGCAGACGAAGUCGUGCUAGAAACAGAAGUCACCAACACCGCGAGCUUGAAGCUGUAUGAGCGGCUGGGCUUCUUGAGGAGCAAAAGGCUGCAUCGGUAUUAUCUAAAUGGCAAUGCGGCGUUCCGGUUGAUACUGUAUCUGAAAGAGGGGACUGCACUGAAGAGACCGGUCAUGGGUGGGGACAUGGGGCCGGAGACGCAGCAGUUGGAUAGGAUGGAAGAGGCUGGAAUGAUAAGCUGA